UAAAUUUUUUCUAACAAGAGCUGCUUGUAUAAUUUAGUAUGUCAUCUACUAAGCCAAAACCAAAGGGGAAGCCUCCAAAGAGCAAGAAGCCUAAGCAGAAUGAACCAAAGAAGCCUGGAACAGCAAGGGAUAGUAAACCAAACAGAAAGGGUAAAAACCAGAGACAAAGACAGCAUCUCAAAAAGCAACCAAAGGGAAAGAGUGAGUCUAUGAUGGCCUACAAACCUCAGCUACCUCUGAAGAUUGACCCUUCCUUGAAGAAGCUACGUAAAGUUCCAGAGAAUUUUGUAGAAAAUAAGAAGAACCUUCUUUCUAAAUUCAAAAUGGUAACUCCUGGCGAAAAGGCUUGGACACAGUCUAAAGGAGAAGGAACUGAUUAUGAAGAAUUUCUUGAAUCACCUCUCCAUGCUUUCUCUGUCCAAAUCCCCUUGAACUUAGUAAUGAAGGAGAACAAGUUGGUCUAUAAGCCUAAAGUGAUGGAGUGGGAUACCUACUUUGAAGCAGUCUUAAGAAACACCAAGAGUGGGUUCGUCUCAAAAUAUAAUAGAAAUAAUCAGAAAUUUGCCAGACCUCCCUCAGCAUCAAAACCAAUAGCUAAUGAGAUAUAUAACGACUCUAAAAUUGAAUGGGAUGAAGGUGAUGAAAAGGAAGAAGAAAAGGCAUCUUCGAAGAAAUAUAAAAUACAAUUCAAAGAAAUCUCUGAUGUUGAAAAGAAGGAAAUAAUGAAGAAGAUCUCCAGCAAAGAUAUACCUCUCCCACUACCAGCAAAGGAGCCAGUUGAACUUACUGAAGACUUGAGAGAAAAUGAUCAGUUCUAUGGAGUAGAGCAAGAAAAUAUGCUUGACUUAUGACCAGAGAACAAAGAUACUCUCCUUGACACUCCUAAGAAGGAGCUCGAGAUAGAUAAUACCAAAAUUCUAAAGGUUGAGGAUAUUGAAUCUGCUAUGAUAAAACCAAAGGAACAACAAUCAAAGGAAGAACAUCCUAAAAUUAUCACAGUUGAAGAAAUAGAGAAAAAGCAGAUUCAGGAGGCUAAGCAACAAUCGAGCAGUCAAGGAUCUCAAGAAGAAAUUGUUGAAGAAGAGAGUCAGGAGAAAGAAGAUUCUGAAGAGAUUGGGGAGGGAGAAGAAGAGGAAGAGACCUAUGAUCCUUCUACGAUGCAGGAGCAUAUCUCUCAUCUCUCUUCUACCUCAAUACAGAACCCUUAUGCUUCGAUGAAUGAUCCAAACCAGACUUCUCAGAUGCACCAAUAUUUUCAGGCUCAGACUGAGAUGCAGACCCAACAAAUGAUCGAACAGCUGAAUCAAGAGCAUAUCAAAAACACGUUGCUACAAAAUCCGAAUACAAUGAUGCAGUACCAACAAGAAAUGAUGUACAAUGGAAUGAACCAUAAUUACGGCAAUGAUGAAGAGGACAAUCCUUUUGCCCCAAUUUUGAAAGAGAAUCCAACCUCCCAAUGGCUUUAUAAAGAUCCUCAAGGACUUAUCAGAGGACCUUUCUCCUGCUUUGAUAUGUGCACAUGGUACAAUGAAGGAUACUUCAAAGAAGAUCUUGAACUUUCCCUUGACGGGAACAAUUUCUUCAGGCUUUGUGAUCUUAGAGUAGUUGGACAGAGAAAAAUGGAAGAAAGCAUAAAUUAUGGUGAAGAUUACUCUCAAUAUUACCAAGCUCCUUCAGGCUAUGGGUAUGAAGGUAGCAAGCAAGCUUCUUACAUGCCCCAGUCUCAAUAUGAUGGAUAUUCGGCUCAGAAUAUUCCAAUGGACCAGUAUUAUUCUGGACAUUCGCCUCAAAUGGCUUUCCCUACUUUUGGCCAACCUAUGGCCUAUCAACCCAGCCCUAAUUACGGGCAGGACUACACUCAUGGGUAUUAUUCACCCAUAAACUCUCUUGGGGAAGGGAAUAUGCAGCUCCCUCCUUUCUCUAAAGAGAAUUAGUACUUUAUAACUUUCAACUCUAAAUUAAGCAGAAGG